AUGGACUCCUACACCACCGCAUUUGCUCCUGAAGUCAAGCACGCUCCGAACGACACUGAGGCUUUCGAGGGCGAAGAGGAGGACGUUCUAGCAGACUACUUCGAGAAAAGCGCGUUGGCGGUCCGGAAUUCUUUUGAAAGGUUCGAGCAAGGUUGUGCUCGUCCGGUAUUCAACUACAUCCUCGCGACAUUUAGGAGGAGACCUGUCCGCUCAACAUUUGCUGCUGUCUACAUCGCGCUCAGCGUCCUCCCCGUGCUCUCAUUCAUCGGUUUCUCCGUCUUCGUUUUUGCGACUUCCAUCUUCGUUGGCGUUGCAACGGCCAUCGUUGGGGCGGCGUGCGCCGUAGGCUUCUUCGGGUUCUGGCUCGCAUGCUUGCUCGGCUUCUUCCUCUUCGUCUCUUUCAACCUCACCCUUACCGUUAUCACGACCUACCUCUUCGUUCGCUUCGUUAUGCGCGCGCGCGACGAAGGUCCUCGCGCGGCGCUGUCCAACCUCGCGCAGGAGACUCGCGCGCAGUUCACGCGCGGCCGGAAGCCCGGUCCCUCAAGGCGCCAGACGCUCGACUCCAGUUCCACCUCCGAUGCUUCCCUGAUUGGCGGCCAGGGAGACGUCCUUGGGGAGAAGGUCGCCGGGGGAUAUGUGGACGCGUCUGUGAACGGGCCGCAGGCUAUGGCUUGA